AAUAAAGUAAGGUUAUGUGGCAAUUUGUCAAAUAAGUAAACAUUCCAAAUAACAACAAACAAUAAAAACGACUUUUAGGACAUUAAAAUCCACCAUGGGCAUGAUAGACCACAUUGUGAUGAAAAAUUGUCGACUCUGUCACUCAAAACCUGGGUUACACGACAUAAAUAACGAUAAAAAAUUAAUAAAAGACAUAUACGAGUGUAUCAAAGUGAAGGUGAAUGAUAAAUUAAUGGAAUUUUUGCCACAUUCAGUGUGUGAUGAAUGCAAAAAAACGAUAAAAACGUUUUCCCUAUUUAAACAAUACGUGCGUAAGGUGGAUCAAAGUUUAAGAAAGGUAUUAAAAAACGCAGAGACCAAAAAAGACUGCCAGGAACAAUUUAAAUGUAGAGAAUGUCCUGCAGAAUUUAAUGACUCAGAAGUAUUCAAAAAACAUGUAUAUUCACAUUCCGCGAAUUUCUCUAUUAAAGAAAAUAUUCCAUGUUCAGUUUGUAAAGUAAGUUUUAAAUGUCUGGAUGAAUUUGGGUCACAUCAGUGUGGUGCUGAAAAUCAAGAAAUAAAAGCUGAAGAUGCUGAAAAUGAUGAACUAGUGAGAGACAAUGGUGAUAGUGGAGAUAACUCUGAUGUAGAUGAUAGUCAAAAUCAGCCUGUGAAAAACGUUAAGUACAUCUGUACAUACAACAAUUGUAAGAAAAUACUAAGUUCUGCAUAUACUUUAAAAACCCAUCACUUGAAACACCAAGGGAAGCGUUCAUUUUUAUGUGUGACUUGUGGUAAAGGCUUCAUUACAAAAAAUUCUCUAACUUGUCAUGAAAAAAUACACUUGGAUGUCAAAGGAUAUGUGUGUAAAAUAUGUAAUAUAGGUUUUUCAGUACGAAGCAACUUAAGAGCACAUGAAAAGAAGCACCACGAAGGAGUUAGGUUUUAUUGUUCUCAGUGUACUAAGGCGUUUUGUUCAAAGUGUAGUCUAGAACGUCACGAGCGCAUUCAUACUGGAAUUAAAGAUUUCAAGUGUCAGGCAUGCCCGUCAGCUUUUUACACGAAGAAAGAACUUCUAAAACACCAGAGAUACCACCAGGGGAUUAGGUUGCACAAAUGCGAUGAGUGUUUUAAGACGUUUUAUGAGCGUCAUCAUUUGACUAUUCAUUUACGGAGUCAUACUGGGGAGCGGCCGUAUGUUUGUACGUUUCCGGAUUGCGGCAAGUCUUUUACUGAGAGUCAGAAGCUUAAACGACAUCACAAUGCUAAACAUACACAAACGUGAGGAUUUAUAAGUUUUAAGGUGUUAAUUUUAUUUGGUGGCUAACUUCUUUUAUAUGUGUAUUUGGUGGAUGAAGUUGGUUAGUGGUUUAUAUUCUUUAAGGCCGUGAGAGCUUUAUUAGUUUAAGUAUUACAGUGUGCAAGUGCAAGUAUGAAUAAAUGUGCAUUUUAAUUGAAA